ACCAGAAACAAAACACCUAAUGUUGUCGGUCAAGCCAGCAUUACGUUGUCGACCGAAUCUAUAAAUCACACACAAUUCCCACUGCCUGGAAGAACAACCUCAGCCGCCACAGAUCAUCAAAUCUCUGACCUCCAGAAUUCACCGUUCAACGACAUUGUAUCUGCGUCGACUCAUUUCAAAAUGGAUGUCAAGGUCGAGAAUAUUGUAGCCAUGGGUGAGCGAGGCGACUACACCGCCAGUGACGUUGACCCUAGCAUUUGUACCUCACACGACGCUCCCGACCCUGCGGAAGACUACGUGGCCGACGGAAAGUCGAAGCUCGUUUCCCACACAGACCGGUACUCUGUGAGUCGUAUACACAUUGGAUCCACCGUCCUGACGGCGGUGAUCUGGUAUGGCGAGGAGCCUAUUGUCUGGAACGACGAGCCCCUCCGCGUGCUACAUGCUGAGUCCGAAAGCCUGCGGGAAGCGCACCCGGACGCGGCAAGGUUUCACGGGUAUAUCCAGUACGAUGAGGAAGUCCGGCUGUAUUGUGAAGGGCCGAAAGGGUUUAAGUACUCCGGGAAAGAGACCUUCCAUGAAAAAGAUGAUCGACAUUUCCUGGUCAAUUGGACACAGAACAAAGUCCUUGGACUCGACACUCGUUGUGCUGAUGUCGAGGAGGAAGGGGACUCAAGCGUGACUGGCCCGAGGACACUCGAGAUUGCUGCCUAG